CAACCGUGCUGCAUGAGCUGAAGGAUUUGGAAAGCUCUUGUUCCCACCAGAUGGAUUGGAGAGAAGGGAAAAGCAGCAUAUACACCCCCGUAUUCCAAAAGUGAAGCAGAUCCCAUUGGGGUGGAAGUACAGUACUAGCAUGAGUAUUUUUCACAGCCAUCUCCUCCUGAGGUGGGUGUCUCAGAGUCUAUCUGCAAGAACAUGUCCUGAAUAAGCUGUACUCAGUCCUUGGAAAUCUUGAACAGAUUUUUGUUGGUGUAGGGUGGUGUUGAAGAGCAUUUUCKUCUGAAUGGAGUCAUGAAGCAGCAACGUAAUACACUCAAGAGUUGUGUUAAUUUAAAAGACAAGUAAUGCAUUCACCACCCACCCCCAUGCCAUGGAUCAUGGCUUCAACCAAUGCCCAGCACACAUGAAAUCUUUCAUCAGGCAGUCGUCAUUCCCCAAGAGCACAAUUUUUGCUGUUGGGUCGUUGCAGCACUAGCAGAGGUUGAGUCCUGCUGCCCCUGURUCAGGGCUGAACACUCACAUGUGCCUCUCCUGCUCUUGUAUAGCCUGGAAAUGCACACACUGGAAAGCCCGAAGGAAGCUGGGGCUGUGGCCCCUUGCCAUCGCCAGUAAGUCUACCCCUGGGUGGAUCAGCCCUUCUGGUUAAACGGGUCACUGCCCUUCCUCUUUGGGCCUUCCCCGUCAUCACUGAACGAGACUGCUGCGGAGAUGAGUCAAACCGUCAGACAACAUCUGUGCCCUCCACACACCCCGUCCAUGCGCUUGGAUAGUUCAAUUGGUGGGCUCAGCCCAGGCAGCGGAAGCAAAGAAACCCUAUGUGACUGGGGGGCAUCUGGUAGCUGAAGCUUUUCCGUGUCCCAAGUGCGGCUGGGUGAUCUGGUUCAUUUCUGACCGAUCCCAGAAAAUAGACAAGGCCUGUGAAGACAACAGUGACAGAAAGCUUGGCAGUACUCUGCUGACCUGGAGACUCUUCUAAGUGUACRUCUGAGUACUUGCACAUGAGCUGCUAAAUCCCUGCCAGGAACAGAUUAGAGGUUGCUCAGUUAACUGCACAACCAGUCGAUCUGUGCAGGCCAGGAGAAGGAGAAUGUGGUUCAUCCCUUCAAAAUGGCCUGGGGUGAACUCUAAUAAUCUGUGUCUUGAGUCUGAAACUGCCAUAUGUGCAGGUCUGACCCUGCCAACCUCCUGUCACCCCUUCAGGGGGGAGCUCUGGCCAGGCUUGCUCUUUCUCUCCUGUGGGGUCAGAUGGACCCCAGUGAUCUGAAGCUUGGCAUCCUUAUCUGGAAAGCUAGUGCAUUUGGUGUUUUCUUUCUACAGUUUCCUUCUUCUAAAAUAUGGAACCAAAGAAUCCAUUACUAAUGACAUUCAGAAAAACCCACAUAAAAACAGCAAAGCCAUGUACUGAAGAGCCAGAGAUGGGUUUGCCUGGGCAGCCUGGCUUCAGCUGUCUUGCGCAUGUGAUCACUCCCUGCUUUUUGCCCUGGAUUGCCACCUCUUCAGCACCCAGACUGGACCUUGGCUGGAGGGAGCAAUAAGCUGAACAGCUAGGCUGUCUCCUUUCUUAGUGGGGCUGGGAAACUCGUAACAAUUUGGUGAAGCAAGAGACUGUGGAAAGAAGGGAGGUUCUCCUGGGUAGACAGSUGAUGCCUCCCUGCAGAGCUGGGUCUGUGUCUACCCGUGCCUCAAAGUUACUCUGUGAGUCGGUGAGCAAGAGCUUUCACAGGAGCAGCCGCAUCUUCCUCAUUUCCCAGAGCUGCUUUAGAGAAGUGCUAAAGGUUUAUACAUGCAGUCACAGACAUCAGGAUUUGGGAUUUGACUAAAUUAAGUGCUAUAUAGAGCCAAAACCACAAAAAAAUUUAGAUGCUAGUUGUAUCCAAAAUUUGUACACAAAAUGAAUAAGUACUUACAACCUAAAUCUCUUUUUGUCUCUUAUUUUGCACCUGUUAAAUAGGUAUAAGUCCAUCCCSUCAUCUCCCACUCCUGACCUAAAAAGUUGGCUGAGAAAACAUCUUCUUUUUGAUAACCCUGAAGCACUCACUUACUACUGAAAUAAUGAGCAUUAGAAAGAAUCUAUGAAGAAAUGGAAAAGCGGGAUGUUGGAGCAGGCUGACUGCAGGACAAGAUGAAGUUUCCGGCCACGUGACUUUCAGCUUACAUCCCCAAGGUUCUGAGAAACCACAGGAGGCUGAUACCUAAAGGGAAGGUGCACAGGCUCUGAGAGGAGAGGCAGCGAAAGUGUCGGAGUGCUGGGCAGGAGGACAGAGUGCUUCUGGGACAAGUGAGAGCAGAGAGCCAAAAGCCAUAUYAGAGGUGACAGAGGAGGACAGAAGACAGGCAGAGAACCAAGACUGAAGGCAGGCACACCAAGACCACAAGGAAGCUGAAGAGACCCUGGGAGCCAGAGGCAGGAGCCAUGCCCCACAGCUCCGACAGCAGUGAUUCCAGCAGCUUCAGCCAGUCUCCCCCUCCCAGCAAGCAGGACUCUUCUGAUGACAUGAGGAAAGUCCAAAGGAGGGAAAAGAAUCGCAUCGCUGCCCAAAAGAGCCGCCUGAGGCAGACCCAGAAAGCAGACACACUGCACUUGGAGAGUGAAGACUUGGAGAGACAGAAUGCUGCCCUGCGCCGCGAGAUCAAGCAGCUGACAGAGGAGAUGAAACACUUCACCUCCAUGCUGAGCUCCCACGAACCACUCUGCUCCAUCCUGACAUCCCCUCCACCACCUCCAGAAGUGCUUUAUGCCACACACUCUUUUCACCAGCCCCACAUUAGCUCCCCACGCUUCCAGCACUGAGMCAGCCAGUAGGACAGCAGCCUGCCAGCUCACCUGAGGGCAAGAAGUAACUUAGUGGAGCUGGCUUUUCCAUCCAAGGGAAGGAAUCGGACAGAUGGACAUUCCUUCUUAAAGUAUGUACUCUGAGUGAUUUGCCUGAGACUUGCUCCCUGUGCAGAAAUGGCAGAGCCACCAUGAAGCAUCUUUGGACAGUUUCCAGCUURGGUUCUGGGAAGAAGAGGCAGUCACAAAAGGGCACCAACUCCCUUCUCCGGUCCUUGUCAGGGGACACUCACAGAAGUGUGCAGCACAUAAGAAUGGCUGGCUGUGGCAUGCAACAGCAGAGCUCCAGGAAGAGGAAAGGGAGCAGAGAGGGAGGGGAAGCUUGGGGGCCACAGAGUAU